CCUAAAAUCUCGCGGUGCUACCAUUCAGACAUCUUGCAUUUUAUUAAGUCUGGUCCGGGGGAAAAUCUCCAUAAACAUACAUUGUUAUGCGUGUGUGCAUGUGUGUGUUUUCCACACAGAAACGGGAUUUCGCUGUGUUUUUUAAUCCUGCUCAUUUUUUCACAGUGCGUUAGCGGAUGUGAGGCGGUAGGACCGAGCCUCGCGUGCCAAUCCCGCGGACUUUAGACGCUCUCACACGGGGGCUCUCCACCAGUAUUGUGCGUCAUCUCCAUCGCGGCCGUUCUGCUAUUUUCUUCCUCCGGAGAGGCAACAUGGCAACUCCCGCCGCGGUCAACCCGUCCGAGAUGGGCAGUGAGUUGCCAGUGACGGUAGGGAUGCCCGGAGCAGUUGGUGCUGGCCAGGUUAGGAUGGGAGGUGCUGUGGCAGGUCGCGGGGGCAAGAGGAGAUCAGGAGGAAUGGACUUUGAUGAUGAAGAUGGAGAGGGACCUAGCAAAUUUUCAAGAGAGAACCACAGUGAGAUUGAGCGACGCAGACGCAACAAAAUGACUCAGUACAUCACAGAGUUGUCGGACAUGGUCCCCACCUGCAGCGCCUUAGCCCGGAAACCUGACAAGCUUACCAUCCUGCGUAUGGCUGUCUCCCACAUGAAAUCCAUGAGGGGCACUGGAAACACAUCCACUGAUGGGGCCUAUAAGCCCUCCUUUCUCACUGAACAGGAACUAAAACAUCUGAUCCUGGAGGCGGCGGACGGAUUCCUGUUUGUUGUCGCAGCAGAGACGGGCCGAGUCAUCUAUGUGUCUGACUCAGUGGUGCCGGUGCUGAACCACCCAGUAUCCGAAUGGUUUGGCAGCACUCUGUAUGAGCAGGUCCACCCCGACGAUGUUGACAAGCUGAGGGAACAACUGAGCACCACAGAGAACUCCAUGACAGGACGGAUUCUGGACCUGAAGACAGGAACAGUGAAGAAGGAGGGACAGCAAUCCUCCAUGAGGAUGUGCAUGGGAUCCCGACGCUCCUUCAUCUGCCGCAUGAGGUGCGGCAGUGCUCCUCUGGAUCACAUCUCCCUAAACCGUCUGUCGAACAUGAGGAAGAGAUACAGGAAUGGCCUUGGACCGUCUAAAGAAGGAGAAGCUCAGUACUCUGUGGUGCAUUGCACUGGCUACAUCAAAGCCUGGCCCCCUGCAGGUAUGACUAUACCAGAAGAAGAUACAGAGGCAGGUCAGACCGGGAAGUACUGCCUAGUGGCCAUUGGAAGACUGCAGGUGACCAGUUCUCCAGUCUCAAUGGAUAUGAAUGGCCUGUCGGUGCCCACAGAGUUCCUGUCUCGUCACAACUCAGAUGGCGUCAUCACUUUCGUUGACCCGCGCUGUAUCAACGUCAUUGGUUAUCAGCCUCAGGACCUGUUGGGAAAAGAUAUUCUGGAGUUCUGUCAUCCUGAGGAUCAGAGUCACCUGAGAGAAAGUUUCCAACAGGUGGUGAAGUUGAAGGGACAAGUUCUGUCAGUGAUGUAUCGUUUCCGAAUGAAGAACAGAGAGUGGAUGUUGAUCCGAACAAGCAGUUUCACCUUCCAGAACCCAUACUCUGAUGAGAUAGAGUACAUCAUCUGCACCAACACCAACGUCAAGCAGCUACAGCAGCAGCAGCAGGCAGAGCUGGAAGUUCACCAGAGAGAUGGACUAACUGCCUACGAUCUGUCCCAGGUGCCUGUGGCCAGCGUCAGCAGUGGAGUCCAUGAGGCAGGCAAGAACAUCGACAAGACGGAGGCUCUGUUCUCCCAAGAGAGAGACCCACGCUUUGCUGAGAUGUACACCGGCAUCUCUGGCUCGGGCGAUAAGAAAAUGAUGGUUCCCUCCUCCACAGCUGGAGGACAGCAGCUCUACUCCCAGGGCUCUCCUUUUCAGCAGGGACACUCUGGCAAAAGCUUCAGUUCAUCUGUGAUCCACGUCCCUGGUGUGAAUGAUAUCCAGCCAUCAGGUUCAUCCAAUCAGAAUCUAGCUCAGAUAUCUAGGCAGCUCAAUCCAGGCCAGGUUGCCUGGUCAGGCAACAGACCCCCCUUCUCGGGACAGUCCAGUAAAGCCCAGUCCAGUCCAUUUGGCAUUGGUUCUGGCCACAGCUACCAGACCGACCCGGCCUCCUACAGUCCUCUGUCAUCACCAGCCACUUCCUCUCCUAGUGGCAACGCUUACUCAGGACUGACAAACCGCAGCACAGCAUUUGAUGUGUCAGGAGAAAGCAGUCAGAGUGGAGCCCAGUUCCAGGGUCGUCCGAGCGAGGUCUGGUCCCAGUGGCAGAACCAGCAUCACUCCCAGCAGCCGGGGGAACAGCACACACACCCCAACCCAAGCCAGACAGAAGUCUUCCAGGACAUGUUACCGAUGGCUGGAGAUCCCACACAGGGAACAGCCAACUACAACAUUGAGGACUUUGCUGACCUCGGCAUGUUCCCACCCUUCUCUGAGUAACCAGCCCCCCUUCUCUCUGUUUCUCUCUCUCUUUCUAUCACUCCCCCUCUCAGAACUAGACUAAGUUUGCAUUCAUCGCUCAUGUUCUGUCUCGUUUUUUCUACCACCAUCGGUCAAAGGUUCAGCAACACUCCCAUUUUCCCAGUUUUUAUGAAAUUUCAUCAGUUCAAGUCCAGUGAAGAAGCUUCAGUUGAACAAAGGUCAGCAACAAACUGGCCAAGAUAAAUGAAAAAGAAAGUUUAGGUCACCAAACAGUGUGGAUUUCAUAGAAAACAGACAUUUUCCUGCAGCAGUGGGGGAAAAACCAAGGCUUUAAAUUUGAUACAAAGCAGUUUGUACAGGUGUUGGUGACUUACAAACCAGUGUGUGUGAAGUCUGUUACUGCAGCCUCUGGUACAUAGAAAGGACAAUGCUGAUCUAGGAGGUAGUUCUGCAUAUUUCUAUCAGAAUGGUUAGAAAAAGAAAAGGAAAACAAAUGAAGACGGACUUAGCUUUAUCCUACAACAUCAUAAUGACAUGAAAUAUUGAAUUAUUAUUAUUGAUAAGAACAGAAGCAAACAGAUGCUUCACAUGAUGAAGAGCAGCACCGUCUCCAGGUCAUGGAGCUGGUUUGAUGAAGGGGACAGAGGAUGAAACUAAAACUAAAAAGUUAGUGGUGAAACUGUAUUUUUCUGAACAAUGUUUCAUCUCCAUUGCAGAAAGAACAUCAUGAGUGUGUUCGUCUGCUGGAGAUUAUAUUUAAUUAAAAAACAUUCCCAUGAUCUAUCCUGUAAAAAAAAAAAAAAGACGCAUUGUUUUUGUUCGAUGCUUUAAUUUAAAAAAUGGAGGUGUUGUAAAACAUUUGACCCGCAGUGUAUCUUAGUGGGUCACACACACGGGUGAUGUGCAACACACUGAAUGUCUGGGUGCACUUGUCAUUUCACACACACAGUCCACAGCGUUUACCCCUCCCUGAGGCCUACAGUAUGUAUCUGGGAAAAUACACAUACCUCAUCGCUGUUAGGAGGAGCACUGCGGUCAGAUGGAAGGAACAAGAGUGAGCAUCAGUCUAUCAGCUGUUCGUCUGUCGUCACAGGGAUGGACAUUGUCUCGAGCCUUUCUAACAAGCAGUUGAACUCUGUAGCUCUCGGCAGUCAGCAGCACAACCAGAGGAGGACAGUCAACAGGUCACAGCUGG